AUGGAUUCCACCCAGGUCGCACCUGCUAAUGCGCCGGCCAUGUUCAAUCCCGAUGUCGAAUAUGCCCCCAACCCUUCCGUCAACCUUGCUCGGCGCACCAUUUCCAUCUUCAGCCGUAGAGGGACGGAGUUGUCGGAGGGAAAGCCGGCGUUUAUCGAGCAGGGUUCCAUAGGUCUCACUCGGACCAUGACCGAGCGACAGAAAGCCUGGCUCAGCCGACGACGAAGCAUUUCCGGUAGCAUAUCCCGCGUGGCAUCACCCAAGAAGAACAAAAGUGGGACCCCAUUCGCUGUCCCGCCGCCGAAGAGGAACAGCAUGACGGCAUUGGAGGACGAAACGGUCCCGCGACCGAGUGUUGAAGAAAUUGUGCGCCCGACCAGCAGCCCUUCACAACCCACGAGCCCCAAACCGAUACAGCAAGGGUUCACCAACCCAACGUCACACCUACCUCUCGAUGAGCUCCCUACGAAUCAACGGACACAAUCACAGCGUAAACGCGACGUACGUUCGCGGAUCGGCACAUGGGUGGAUGGGAUUGUGCGAGUGGACAUAGAGCCUCGACCGCAGAGCUUCCUGCUCGACGCCAAGAUCGAAGAGGAGACAGGACUAACACCGCUCCGACCUGAGCAACGGAAGAAGGAAAAGGUGGUCUCGCGACCGAAUCUUGCCAUCAAACUUCCCGAGGCGAAAUCAGUCAUCAGUGCCGUCAGCGACUCAAAGGUAACGGGCGAACCCGAUGCAACUAGCCCAGUCAGUCCUCUAGGAUCUUCAGAGAACAAGUCGGACGUCGCAACGUCCAAACCCGCCGUCUCCGAGGAGUCAUCCUCCACAGUGCGUCCUGACGAGCCUGCUCCACGGCAAGUCAUCGCCUCCCCAGAGCCCGAAGUAAAACCUCAAUCGUCCGUACCCGCCCAAGAUGCCAAACCGAAACGAGCCUCACACUCAUCAUCUUCCUGCAGCUCUCCGGUGGAAGACGUUGGCUCUGUCUGCAGUAAGCGCAGCUCAGCCACCAGUGUCGAGGAAGGCUUCAAAACACCGCUCGGAGCAGCAGCUAUUCGCAAGCGCCACACCGUCGCUCACCACAGAGUCGCAUCAAUCACAUCAUCCCUCGAUGGUUCUGUGCGUGCCGUGAGUGUCUCAGGUGCGCUGGAUAAACCGCUGCCCCGUAUGCCCAAAUCCUUUACGACCAAUACUGCCGACGCCGCCACCGCUGCUGCUGCCGCUGAAGAGACAGAUAUUACCACGCCACUGAUUCCGAAGAAAGCUUCGGGUCGACGUGCGAAUGGCACUAAGUCGCUACGUGUCAGCAAUUCAUCACGUGCGCAACCUGCAAGAGAUAUGCGCAAGUCCAUGUCAAUGAACAAGCUCGAUGCGUUCGAUCGUGCAUUCAUGCUGACGGCGCCAAUGGGCGGCGAUGAAGCGGCGCCUAGUCCCAGCCCGACACUAAGCCAAGCAGAGUCGGCUCUCAACGCCCAGCUAACCAACAUGACUGCCACCAACCCAGCGCCUGAAUCAAAGCAACCUAAACCUCGGCGGAAGAGGAGUGUGGCCAACAGUGAGAUUGCGCCGAGCCGGCCAAAAGAGACCAUUCCUAAGAAGUCGAAGAGUGUUUCGGCAGGAAGUGUUCACAGUGUCAUGCGACCACCGGAGCAGGCUCCCUCUAUCCCCAGACGAUCACGGAAACGCGAUUGGAAAGACGCUUCCAAGACUUCGCAGGAAUUGGAGGCGUUGAUGAUCCCUCCGACAACGGCUCCGUCGCGUCGACGAUCUGAAUCGGAAGCCAAGAGCGCCGAGCGCGCAGCUGAUGCCAAAGCAUUCCGCCGCACAGCGAGCAUUGCUCAUGUCGCAAGAAACAACUCUCGAAUCUCCCUUGUGCGGCCGGACCUGGCUGAGUUGCCUGAAGACACGGUUCCUCCCGUUCCGACGAUCCCAAAGAUCGUCGUGGAUGAUGGUCUCAUCGUCGUCAAUGGUCCCGUGGUCAUUCGCGCGGAGCCGGAGGUCGAACUUGAUGCGGCAAUGAUCCAGGCAGCGGCGUGUGAGGAAGUGCUCCUUCACAUCCUCGCGGCAUUGACUUCAACUGAGGACCUUGCUAAUAUGGCGGUCAUCAACAAGGGCAUGUAUCGAGUCUACAAAGAGAACGACAUGUCUCUGGUACGCAGAGUAUCCUACAACCAGUCUCCGCCUGCGUGGGAGUUCCGCGAAUGGUGUCCUCCCGAUCUAGGUUUGCCAAGAGCUGACAACGUGAUGGUCCAAUCGGUAUACACUCCUCAAAUAUGGGUGGCGAAUCAUCGGCGCGAUUACGCCACGAUUGUCAGCUUGAAGAAGAUUAUCGUUUCGCAAUGCUCAGCUCUCCGUGGUGAGGUCAAAUUGGCGCUGGCAAAUCCCAAGCACGAACACGCUCAGCGCAUCGACGAUGCGUUCUGGCGGAUUUGGUGCUUCUGUCUCAUCUUUGGAUAUGAGAAGGGCCGCGAGGAGGACAUUACUGGCCAGCUCGAUUGGUUGAAAGGUGGCCUCUUGGCGAACAACCAAGGCUGUGUGGCCACCGUGAACACCAACCUUGAUUUCGAGAUGGGCAGCGUCUUGCUGAACGCUCCCGAGUAUUUCGCGGGUGGCAACUAUUCCUACUCCUCCGCCGACAAGGAAAGUGGACUCAACGCCGAACAGCUUUUCGAUAUGACAGAGAUUUGGACUUGCUUGAUGGCACUUCUGCAGCAGGGCUACUUGGGCUACACGGCGCUAGCCCGGAAGUAUGGUGUCUUCGACAAGCUCGAACUCAGCGAGGAUGCCGAUGAAGACGAGAUUGCCGACCGCGAAGACCAGGUACUCGAGGAAUGGACCUUCCACUUGCUCACACUCGGCCUGGAUGUUGUCCUGGCCAUGGUCGAAUGUGCCAUCGCUCAAACAUCCGUACAGUCUGGCUUCCAGUUGGCUCAAAAACAAGGCUGGACCAAGUGGACCCCUUCAACCUACCCAACCGCCACCUCUCCAGGUUUUGCACCUGCACCCCUUCAUUACAACCGUAGCUCUUUCCUCAAAGAGCCUGUCGCCCGUCUCUACGAAGAACGUAUCAUCAGCAGUCAAGCUCGCCGUCUUGAUCCUCGCGCCGUCGAGCAAAAGGAAAUCUCACGCAAGCGUGUCGCUGCCUUGGCCAAGGAGAUCAAGCUUCGCCGUCAGACCAGCGCCGUUCGUCGCCUGCCGCUGAUCGACAUGAACAACGAACGCCCGAUGAGCAUGGUCAGUCGCCGCAGCAGCAUCAACAGCACGAGGUCGUUCUUGCAUGUCGUCCCGAACCAUCAGCCCGGCAUCCCGGCGAGCGGCUUGACUCGGAGAGGUAGCACGUGCGCGGACUCAAUUCUGGAGGAGGAUGAAGAAAGUGUGCAGAGGCAGGAGCGGGACCAGCAGCAGCAGCAGCAGCAGCAGCAACAACAACAGCAACAGCAGCAGCAACACCAGCAAUCUCCGCAGAUUCUGCUGCCUCACCAGCAGCCCGCCCUCUGCUCCCCUCUUGAGCCAGAACAAACUUCACCAAUGUCCUCCGCCGGCUCGCGCCUCCCUCACAUCGUCUCUCCCCUUCUCAACAGCCCAUCCGGCUACAGCAGCACCACUUCACCCGCUCAGUACCGCCGAAUCAGCCCUAUCCUCGAAGAAGAACCCCCGGUCCAACAACAACAACCACCACUCAAAUCCUCCUCACCACCACCCCAACUCCCACACGCUCCACCUCCCACUCAACGCAACCUCGGUAUUGGCAUCCUCCAAACCCUCAACUUCCGCCCUGCCACCGCCGCCAACUCCCCCAACCCCAACAGCGCAACCACUCUCCCAACUCCCAACACCCCUUCGCUCUCCGCCCUAGGCCUUGGAAUGCACCACCCAACCAGCCUCCCGCCCUCCUCCGCUAUCCCUACCGGCGCCAGCGGCGAAGGCGAAGAUGCCUCUUCCGUCGCAGAUUCGUCCUCCCUGGGAUUCCGCAGCGAGGCGGAUGUCGAGGAAGAGGACGCGGCUCGCCGCACUCUUGUUCAGAUGGGUUAUUCCGAGGAACAGGCCGAUGAGGCGUUGUGGUUGACGAGGACGAUGGGCGUCACUGGAGAGGGCAAGAUGAGGGCUGAACGGGCCGUGGAGGUUUUGAUGAGGAGAUGA